GUUCUCUAAGAUUGGGUAUCUACUCUUCGGCAGUGUGUCGACGUUUCUCAGAGACGGCGACAUGUGCCUCAAGCAUUUUAUCGUCCAGUUGCUGUGAAACAACUCAACUUCAGCCUAUAACCGACGUCGCUUUUGCGACGGACGGUAUGGACCCUACAGUAAAUAGAAUCCCGCCUAAAUAUUUAUUUAGGCCGCUAUGGCUCUUAAGAUGAGAGGAUUCAUACUUCUAUUGUUUUUCAUAUUCAGCACCAGUAAAGGGGACGAUGACGUAGAAUUCUUCGACGUGCUCUCCGUGGUCGGAGAUGAGCUGCCAGAGGGCGUAACGCGUGUGGCAGGACGUUGUCAGUCGACCGCCACCAGGCCUGAAGAAUACUCAGCGUUCCGACUAAAUGAGAACGCGACUUUACACCAACUGGCUGCUGGGAUGUUCUACAACACAUUUCCUGAAGACUUCUCUAUUAUAGCCACUGUACGACUGCCAGGCACGGAUCAAAAUCCACUGUUCGUGCUGUACUCGGACGCGGGAGACGAACAACUGCAGCUUGUGGUGGGCGAACUAGUGGAGUUGUACUACGAGGAUACUCGCGGCGACCCGCCCGACCACGAACUGCUCACCUAUCGGGUCAAUAUCGCUGAUGGCAAGUGGCAUCGAAUUGGUCUAAGCAUAAAAGGCGAUUCAGCAACUUUGUUAGUGGAUUGCGAGAUAAGAGAAUCACUUCCACUGGACCGAAAGCCGGGCAGCACCUUUAAUCUAGCUGGGGCACUCGUCGUUGGCACACAGGUUACACCGGACCAAUAUUAUGAGGGUGAUAUCGAGCUCUUACAAUUUGCAAACAAACCAGAUGUAGCUUAUGACCUCUGUGUUGCCAUAGCACCAGAUUGUGAUGGCUAUGGAUCACAGUAUGCCGGAGUAGCAUCUACAGGCAAUGUAAACAGAUUCGGCAACAUUAACACUAAUGGAGGUUAUACAUACACCCCAACUCCUGAUUUGGACUUAGUACGACUACCAACUGAUGAGUACGAUGGAACUAUAUACGAACCAGUUGAAGAAAAUCGAUCAUUAGAUCUAAGGAAUGGAUCAAAUGAAUUGUGGUCGACAGCAACAAGGGAUCUUUCAACUUCAAAACCUUUUUGGCCAAUACCCGAUACUUAUGCACAAUAUGCAACAUCAACAGAUGCUGACGAAAACAGUAUCUUUGGAAGAUUUACUGAUGUUGAUGAUUUUAACUCUACACCAUUGAAUAACAUAGACUUCCCGACCGAUAUUGUAGCAGUAACUACACCAAGACCGAUACGACAGAAUAAUUAUAAUAAUUUCUUAACACAAAAUGCUACUCUCAUUACAACCGAAGCUUCGUACUCUGCAAUGACGACUACAGAAGAUUCAGACUGGCUCACUCAUCCACCAGAAGUAUACGAAGGUAAUUCAUCAAUUGUCUACUAUCCCACCGACAAUUACUAUGACUAUGGGGGGACAGGUGUGUACCUAGGACCCCGUGGUUAUCCUGGACCUCCUGGUCCUCAAGGACCGAGAGGUCCAAAAGGUGAACCUGGCAGGCCUGGAGCGGAAGGUCAGCAAGGGUUCACGGGACCACCGGGACACGUUUUUGUUGUACCACUGCAUCAAUCAAGUAAUGACAAAGGCCCAGACGGACAAGCAGAAGCACUUCGACAAAUGCUUACACAACACAUGACCGCAAUGAGGGGCGUUGACGGUCCUAUGGGACUCACUGGACCGCCCGGACCUGAAGGGGAUAUCGGUCCGGAAGGACCAAAGGGUGAACAAGGCGAACAGGGAGAACCGGGACCGCCUGGUGUAAGAGGACCACAAGGACCUCCCGGUCGUAUCGGAAGGCGAGGUCAUGCUGGAAGAGAUGGAGAAAGAGGAUCACCCGGUGCACCUGGGCCUAAAGGUGAACAAGGCUAUCCGGGGCUCGCGGGUAUUCCGGGAGACAAAGGGGAACACGGCAACCCGGGACAACAAGGUGAAACCGGUGCACCGGGUCAAGACGGCCCGCCGGGAGAUGACGGCCCACCGGGCCCACCUGGAUUAUCUGGAGAACUGGGACCUCGAGGUUUUAUGGGGCCGAGAGGUUUUCCUGGCUUGAUCGGCUACCCUGGCAUUCCUGGUAAUGAAGGGCCACAAGGAGCAAAGGGUACAUCCGGACAGCCAGGACCCCCUGGUAAUCCAGGACAACCGGGUUCAAUAGGACCACCAGGGUCCACGGGCCCACAGGGACCUAUUGGUGCACCUGGAAUACAGGGCCCGCAAGGGAAACCGGGAAUAUCAGGGCUUCCAGGUCCCGAAGGAUCUCCUGGAACACCGGGCAGCCCUGGACAACAAGGAUCUCCGGGUGAAUCAGGGCCUCAAGGUUUGCAGGGAAUGCUAGGAUUUCCAGGACCUCGAGGUCCUAAGGGUGAUGACGGACCCCGAGGAUUACAGGGAGAUAAAGGCGACAAAGGAAUACGAGGUCUUGAAGGUGAAAAAGGAGAAAUAGGUCCGAAAGGCGAAAGGGGACAACCAGGAGAACCUGGUGCUCCCGGUAUUGAAGGACCAGAAGGGCAAAAAGGGACGGAAGGACCUAGAGGUGAAACUGGAUCGAUUGGACCAGUUGGUGAAAAGGGAGCUACAGGACCACAAGGAUUAGCUGGGUAUCCCGGAACUCAGGGAGAUAAAGGAGACAAGGGUGCAUCGGGUAGGAGAGGCAGAAGGGGAGCAAAGGGAGUUGUGGGUAUGAUCGGUAUUCCAGGCGACAGAGGAGAAACUGGACCAAGAGGGUACAGAGGACCAAGAGGACGUCGGGGAUCAGACGGCCCACCAGGGUCUAAGGGUGAUACAGGACAGCCAGGGUCACCGGGACCUGCAGGCGAAAGAGGUCCACAAGGUCUUGAAGGUACUCGUGGCUUCCCAGGCGCUAUGGGACCUCCAGGUUCGGAUGGAAAAUCUGGAUUGCCGGGACCCCCAGGCGAACGUGGCCCAGUGGGUGACACUGGUAAACCAGGUUUGAUGGGCCCUCCCGGAGCGGUAGGACCUCAAGGACCAAAUGGGGAAAUGGGACCACCAGGUCCUCAAGGAGCGUCUGGCAUACCGGGGACACCGGGUGAUAUCGGUGCACCUGGUGAAAUGGGGAAAGAAGGUCCACCCGGAAUGCCGGGUCCUGAAGGAAAGCCCGGUCCAGUUGGUUCACCUGGUCCACCUGGACAUCAAGGAGAUCCUGGAUUGCCUGGGGCACCGGGAUCACUAGGUGCAAAAGGAGAUGUGGGUCCACCGGGACCUGCUGGUAUUAGGGGUGACAAGGGAGAGCAAGGCGAACCCGGCCGCGAAGGUCCGCAAGGCCCUAUGGGACGAGAAGGUCCCCGAGGUUCUCCUGGAUCGGGUGGACAAAAAGGAGAAAUUGGUGAACCAGGACCGAUUGGUCCCAUUGGACGUGAUGGAUUACCUGGCCCAAGAGGCCUGACGGGCGCGCCUGGCCCUGUGGGUCCGCCUGGAGAGGAUGGGGACAAGGGUGAGGCCGGUCCACCUGGCGAAAAAGGUUUUAAGGGCGCAAACGGAGAACCGGGACCUCAAGGAUCACCUGGCAUUCAAGGCUUACGAGGGGAGACGGGUCCUGUGGGAUUACCCGGAGAAAAGGGACAACAAGGCGAUCCGGGUUCACCCGGAACUAAUGGUGCGGAUGGAGCUAGAGGCCCUCAAGGUCCCCCUGGUCUAACAGGACCUCAAGGUGAAAAGGGACAAUCAGGAAUUAAAGGAGACAAGGGAGACAACGGGCCUAUCGGACCCACUGGUCCAGCGGGACUUACCGGUCCUCAGGGGCGACGAGGUGCGAAAGGAAUUCAAGGAGAGCCCGGACCUCAAGGAGCGGAAGGUCAACGAGGUGAAAUUGGUAACUCUGGUGCCCCCGGUCCACCAGGACCUCCAGGCCCUGAAGGAAAACAGGGACCAAGAGGUGCUGUUGGACCAAAGGGCGAAGAUGGGCCUCCAGGAUUACAGGGUGAACCAGGACCGAAGGGGCCAACCGGAUUAGAAGGACCUAAAGGGGACGCUGGCCCAGCAGGAUACCCUGGAGAAAAAGGAGAGCCAGGGCCACAGGGAAUCAAAGGGGAGCCGGGUGGUGAAGGUCCGGAAGGUAGCACAGGUCCACCCGGUGCCCCGGGACCAACUGGGCCAGUUGGGAAGCCUGGAGAUACAGGAUUACCUGGCAGCCCAGGAGCUGACGGACAGGCAGGUGUACAAGGGAGUCCAGGGAUUCCGGGAGAGAAGGGCGACAUGGGUCCGAAGGGAGCAGUAGGUGAACCGGGGCCUGUUGGACCACCAGGGCCGCCGGGAGUCGAAGGUCAACGAGGUAUCAGAGGAAUGCCCGGUGCAAAUGGUGAAGUAGGUGCACCCGGUGUAAUGGGGCCAGCAGGGCCUCCGGGAAAACCUGGUCCAUCUGGUGCGCCUGGUAUUAGAGGCGAUAAAGGAAAUAGAGGACCAAAAGGCCACACUGGUGAAACUGGAGCGAUGGGUGUGAAAGGGGAUCAGGGCGAACAAGGCGUUCAGGGACCUCCGGGUCCUAUGGGUCCACCAGGACCUAAAGGAGAUUUAGGACCAAUAGGUCCGCCGGGAGCUAAGGGUGACAUCGGACCUAUGGGCUUACCGGGCAGGGAAGGUCCUGUAGGUCCAAAGGGUCAAAGCGGCACGGAUGGUAGGCCGGGUCUUCCAGGGCCGGCGGGUCCACCGGGGCCACCGGGACCACCUGCACCCGCACCACAUCUACCACCAGAACUGUUCACGUCGUUCCGCCGACGCAGAAGUAUCGACAUCGAUUCAAUGGAAUCCACGACUGCUGACGAACUCGAAGAAGAUGAAGAUAUAGAAUGGGCGCAUGAAAUUAUGAGUGGUGUUGUUGCGGCGCGAACUGCUUUGGAAUCGGUUAAGCGGCCGUGGGGAACACAAUCUAAUCCAGCACUGUCAUGCAAAGAUCUACGCAGCACACAUACUAAUUUAACUGAUGGUUUUUACUGGAUUGAUGCAAGAGGCGGCGGCGGCAGCGGCCAUCCGAUACGAGUAUAUUGCAAGGACCACUACACUUGCGUAUAUCCUGAUAUCAUGAAUACAAACGAAAUUUAUACGACUUAUGAUUCAGCUCAGAAAUUCUCACAAAUUCAUAAUGGACAUCGACAUAGCUAA